AUGGCUACAAACUCCGACCAGUCAAAGGCAUUUAACGACGUCUUUAACACGGUUAAAGAGGCCCCGGAGACAAACGACAAGGGAUCAAAUGCAUCCGAAGAUAAGCCACAUGGGAAACAGAGUCAAGUCUCCCGAUCCACGAAGAAAGUCCUUAAAACUUCGCGGAAAGCUAAGGAUAACUUGGAAUUCGUUUUGGGCACCUUGAAGACGCUGAAACAGGGCAAUCUAUCCGUCGAGAACGAGAAGCUCAAAGAUGGGCAAAAGACCGUCAAGGAGGUCAUGGACGCUAUCGAGCAAGCUUUGGAUACCAACGAAGAGAUCUUGAAUGCUAUCGAGCAAGCUUUGCAUGCUAACGAAGAGUGCAACCAAGGCUGA